UGCCGCGCAAGAAAGACAAAGAAGAAGACCACACUCUAGGCACCAAAUCCAGGACAGAUGUCUCGGAGCGACGACGCUUUCUCGCCGGAAUAUCAGCAGCCGGGGGCCCUCCGGUACGACCUGCCUCGCUACACUAUGGGAGAGUAUGGUGCGCUUGUGAUGGAGCCCCUCAGGACAGAAGAUUUACCUGAACCUCCGCCACGGAGCCCUGGCACCUGGGACACCCGACUCAUGCUCACGCUCGGUGGACUCAUGUUGCUCGUCUUCAGCACCGCCACAGCGGUGAUAUUUAUCCGCAUGCGCUCGCUCGCGAUCGCCGACAUCGCUGACGAAUCGAGUGCCGCCAUGAGGGAGCAAACCUCAAUCUUCUACUACAAGGCAACACGGGAACCAAUUAACGCGACUUCAGAUGCACCAACCUUGGACUCGAACACCACUUUUACUGCAACUGAAGCCCUGAACGAAACCUGGUCCAUCUAAUCGCGCUGAUGACGCUGGUUCGUCUACGCGCCCACGCAUUAGUGGGCGCCACCGCUCACACUGACCACUGUGCACGUGUCAGCAACAUGAAUCUCAUCGUUCUUAUGAUGUACUACAGUAAAAUAUUUUUGCGCCACCCGAA